UCUCUCUCUCUCUCUCUCUCUCUCUCUCCCUCCCUCCUGCGACUGCGACCUCUCUCUCUCUAUCAAAGUUCAAACCCUAGAUCUAGUGGCCCGCCGCACGGCUUCCCCAGCCGCCCCCGCAAGCCGCCGUCCAAACGACGUCCUCUCUCUCUCUCAGACUCUAUUCUCCCCAGCUACCCCCCUUCCCCGAAACAAUCAAAAAUCAAUUAUAACCCUAGGCGCGGCUCCCCCCCACCCCCGCACGGCCUCUCUCUUAAAAUCCCACCGGCGACCGCACGAGUCCACGACCUCUCUCUCGGAGUCCCACCGCACGGUCUCUCUCUCUCUUCUGUGAUGUUGUAAUGUGUUAGUGGUCCACUUGGUUGCUGAGGGAGUGUUUUGCUGAUGGAAACACAUAAAAUUGUUGGAUAUGAAUGAUGCUGGGAUUAGCUCCAUAGAGAUUAGGUUGUCACCUGUUAAAGAAAGCAGGAAGAGAUGGAAGUUAUUCCAGCAUGGGGUGAGAAUGCUUUGUCUAUGGCUGGCCCAAGACCAAUGGAAUGGUCUACUGUCCCGUAUAGUGGUCCGCAAGCACCUGGGCCAAAUGGGAAACAGCGGACUUCAAGUUUGGAAUCGCCAAUCAUGUUGCUGAUGGGUCACCAGAGCGCCAUCUACACUAUGAAGUUCAAUCCAGCGGGAACAGUGGUUGCAUCUGGAUCUCAUGACAGAGAGAUCUUUUUGUGGAACGUACAUGGGGAUUGCAAGAACUUCAUGGUUUUAAAAGGACACAAGAACGCAGUUUUGGAUCUUCACUGGACUAGUGAUGGAUCCCAGAUGAUAUCUGCCAGUCCUGACAAAACCCUGAGGGCAUGGGAUGUUGAAACAGGGAAACAGAUAAAGAAAAUGGCAGAGCACUCAUCAUUUGUGAAUUCAUGUUGCCCUUCUCGAAGGGGACCGCCACUUGUUGUUAGUGGAUCCGAUGAUGGAACUGCCAAACUGUGGGACAUGCGGCAGAGGGGUGCAAUCCAAACAUUUCCAGAUAAAUAUCAAAUCACAGCUGUCAGUUUCUCAGAUGCAACGGACAAGAUCUUCACAGGUGGGAUUGACAAUGAUAUAAAGGUAUGGGACUUGCGCAAGGGUGAAGUGUCAAUGACUCUUCAAGGGCAUCAAGAUAUGAUAACAGGUAUGCAGCUGAGUCCCGAUGGGUCCUAUCUUCUUACAAAUGGUAUGGACUGCAAGCUCUGCAUAUGGGAUAUGCGUCCGUACGCACCACAAAAUCGAUGUGUGAAGGUAUUGGAAGGGCACCAACACAACUUCGAAAAGAACUUGUUGAAAUGUAGUUGGUCUCCUGAUGGAAGCAAAGUCACGGCAGGGAGUUCAGAUCGGAUGGUUUACAUAUGGGAUACAACUUCUCGACGCAUCUUGUAUAAGCUCCCCGGCCAUACUGGAUCAGUUAAUGAGUGCGUCUUCCAUCCCAGUGAACCUAUUGUUGGAUCUUGCAGUAGCGAUAAACAGAUUUAUCUGGGGGAGGUUUAGGUUUAGGAAUUAUAUAAAGAACCUGCAUGGUUGUCUCUUUAAGAGCCCAUACAAAGACGUUGGAAGAGGUUGUAUCUCUGCUAGCUGUAGUUCCUGAGUUUAAUGUUGGUAUCUUAAUUGGUAAUGUAAAAGAUUAUGUUUUUCCA